ACAUUCGUUCGGCGCGCACGCGUUCCAGUCAGUCGUUGUCGUUCGUCGUUUCGUGCGUUUGGCGCCCGUCCGGAAUUCGAAUCAUUUAAAUAGAGUCAAACCGUUUUUCAUCACUCGCUCCCUCCCUUUCGAGAGUGAACCCCCGAGUGCGUGCGUCGCCGCGAGUGUGUGUCGUGACGAAAAAUUCGAUCGCCGCCCGUGACAUGGAUAAUACUCGAUAACUGCAAUUCCCCGAGGACUCGUACAGGUGCAUCACGCAACAGCGGAGGUCUCGACGAUAAGGAUGGAUCGUCGACGGUUUAUAGCCGCAGCGUGGACUCCGCUACUGCUCCUGCUCGUCUUGGACAAAGGAUACCGACAUGGCGUUUAUGCCAAACCAGGGCUAUGUGAGAUGGAAACUGGCCAAGGAAACAUUGUGCUGGACAUCGAAGAAAGUCGUGGGUCUCAAAUAAAUCAACCCAUCAAACCGGCCGAAUUACCGAUCAUAGGAGAUCCGUACACUGAAAUAUCUUUGGAUUUACUUUUUCCGACUAGAAACCCAACGUUCACGUUAAUCGGAAAACAUAUCCAACUGACUCAGCCUCUGGACAGAGAUGCGGAAAACUUGUCCCACAUCGUAUUUCAGGUUACGUGUGUGGUAAGGUCUACCAACAAAAAGAGGACCAUACCCAUAAUAGUCCGCACGACCGACAUUAACGACAAUGCACCAGUGUUUUUGGAUACUCCGUACCAAGUAUCGGUUCCCGAGUUGACAACAGUCGGCACAUCUGUAGCAGCUGUGAAAACAGUGGACGCAGACACCGGUGUCAACGCUCUAGUCGAGUACUUGGUGAUUCCCGGAAACGUACCGGAAGAAGAACUCCAAAAAGGUAGAGUCAGCGAUGGCGUCAAACACUUCAAGAUGAAGUCUUCCAAUUCUGGCGAAAUAAUACUACAGAAAGGCCUGGACUUUGAAAAAGUUCAAAAAUACUUCGUAACGAUCCAAGCAACGGACCGAGCCAAGAAUCCCGAAGACAGACUUACGUCGACGACCACGCUUACGGUGAUGGUGAAAGACGAAGACGAUCAGGACCCGUCGUUCAACUAUCAAGGAUGCACGGUUCAAGACGGAGCUUGCAUAAAUCCGGAAUAUCACACCACCGUUGCCAGUGGUGUAAAUUCUGGAGUCCUUACGAUAAGGCCAGAAAAAAUACAAGCUGUAGACAUGGAUUCUUUGAAUUAUCCAAUUGAGUAUACGUUUCUUGAUGGGUCUCCGGCAUUUUACGCAGAAUACUUCACCAUCGAUCCUCAGUUCGGUACUGUGAAACAAAUAAAAGCAGUAGACACUAGUUUGACGAAGAAAUUUUCAAUAACUGUCAAGGCUGAAGAAGAAUCAUCCAAUCAUAGAUCAACCACGGCUAAAUUAUACAUUGAAGUAAAACCUGUCGAUAUCAAUCCACCUGUUAUACAUAGUUCUGCUGUUGACGAAGGAUAUGGAUUUGUAGAAGAAAACUCACCUGUUGGUACAAAAGUUUUAGAUAAGAACGGACAACCAAUCAUGUUAUCCGUAACCGACGACGAUUUGGGACCAAAUGAUCCUAAAGUAACUUAUGCGUUUGAACUCACAACAAAUUCUUUUAAUGUGGAUUCCGAUGGAUAUAUUUAUGUAAAUGAAGAAAAAUUAGACAGAGAUCCGCCAAAUCCUGGAAAAUACCGUUUUCAAAUAGUAGCUAGGGAAGUCAAUGGACACGCUGGUAGCAUUCCAUGCCUAAUGACAGUGUUCUUGAAAGAUGUGAAUGAUAAUCCUCCACGAAUGCCAAUGUUGUCUCCGAUCACAAUCCAAGCUGGAAAUUCUAGGCGUCAACUUGUCCAAAUUAAAGCAGUGGACAACGACGAAGGUCAAAAUGCUAAUGUGUCGUAUAGUAUAUAUCAUGUAUCGAACCAAGGCCACAGUAAGUUUCAUAUUGAUCCAAUAACUGGUUGGAUUGAAACCACUGGUCGAAUGAUGGCUGGCGAUCAGUAUAGUAUAACUGUCCAAGCUACUGAUUCGGGAGGUUUAUACACCCAAAGUAUUGUCGAAGUUGUUGUAAUAGCAGGACCAAAUACUAAAUCGCCAGUAUUUUCACAAUCUUCAUACGAAGUGACUGUCAGUGAAGGAUCACCAAUAAACACAACAGUUAUCCCUUUGAAAGCCAUUGAUCCUGAAAAUGAUCCCGUCACUUACGCUAUCUUAUCAGGAAAUGAUUUAAGGCAAUUUACAAUAGGUGAAAAAACUGGAAUAGUCAGUGUUUUACGAAAAUUAGACCGUGAAGAGCUGACUCGUUAUCAAUUGUUAAUCAAAGCACAAGACGAAGGAGGACUUUCGAGUACAACAACAUUAAAUAUAAAAAUUAGUGAUAUUAAUGAUAAGAAUCCGGAAUUCAUUGGUGCCCCGUAUGAGUUUUCGGUGGACGAAGGUUUAGACGGAGCCCCAGUGGGACAAGUAGAAGCUGUAGACGGAGACGAAGGAAUAAAUGCUUUAGUUCAUUAUUCGUUGCCAGACGAUUUGCCAUUUUUAAUUGAUGUCAACACAGGACACAUACGUACUGCUACAGCAUUGGACUAUGAAAAAAACAAUGAAUAUAAAUUUGUGGUCACCGCCAAAGACGGAGCGCCAGAUCCACGUAUCGGAACUGCUUCUGUGACAGUUUCGGUUAAAGACGUUGAAGACGAAAUUCCACUAUUUCAUAAGACAUUAUACGAAGCAAAAGUACCAGAGAAUGCCCCUGAUUUCCUAGUUACUCAAGUGCACGCCGAUGAUCCCGAUACAGUGAAACGAGUGACUUAUGUAAUAAAACAAGGACCUUCAGAAUUAUUUACCAUCGAUCCGACUACUGGGACGAUUAGAACACUUAGAGGUUUAGAUUACGAGAAAGACAGUCAGCAUACGCUAAUCAUCGGAACAUUGGAAAAUUCAAAUCAAACACACGGCGCCACGACGAAAGUGAUUGUGAACGUAGAAGAUCGCAAUGACAUCCCACCAGUGUUUCUAACCAUACCUUCACCUGUAACACUUGACGACGAUGUAGCCAUUGGAACUAAAGUCACGACUCUUUUAGCUACUGAUUCGGAUGGAACAUCCCCAGGAAAUAAGGUACGGUAUGAAUUGAGCGGCCGUGGGAAGGCCUUAAAGUAUUUCCACAUAGACCCAGAUCUUGGUGUUUUAUACGUACGUGGUGAUCUACAAAAAGAACCCGAUAAUGAAUACCAGGUGGAUGUAAAAGCUUAUGAUUUGGGCGAACCUCAGCUCUCGUCAGUGACAUCAGUAACAAUAUUUGUUCGUCGUGUCACGACUCCAAUACCAGAAUUGGGAAUGGGAUUCUCAGACGAUUCGUACUCCGCUCGAGUUUUAGAAUCUGCCGUUGCUGGUACUUUAGUUAAAGUCCUGACUGUCGUACACCCAAGACCAUCGCUACCCCUUCCUCUCGUGUGUACAAUAGUUUCCGGAAACUCUGAAGAUGUUUUUACAAUAAACGUCACAACUGAGAAAAAUUGUGAAGUGCGUUUAAAGGAAACGAAAUUAGAUCACGAACACGCAGAGAGUUAUCAACUGAAAAUACGUCUCGACACGCUUGCCGGAGUCGUUAACCCGACAAAAAGCACUACUAUGUUGAACGUGCAAGUGAUCGACAUUAACGACAACGUGCCCACGUUUGUGUAUCCGGAAAGCAGCAAACGCUACGCCAAGAACGCAUAUUACGGAGCAGUGGCGGCCGACGAGGAAAUUGGCAGUGCGGUGUUGCAGGUGAAAGCGGAGGACUUGGACGGAGGAAAAUUAGGUGAUGUGAGAUACGAGUUGGCCGACGACGACGACCAGAACUCGGCGAAAGGUCCUUAUUUCGCCGUCGACCCGAAGACCGGCAUCGUGAAAACCCUGAGGACGCUGACCGACGUGCUUCAGCGGAACUUGCCGUUCCGACUAGUGGUCACGGCGCGGGACAACCCGGGGGCCACGAAUCCCAGCGACUACAACACGGCCCAAGCACACGUCGUCAUAAACGUGAUCAAAGACCAACACCGCUUGGUGAUGGCCAUUGACGGCGCUCGUCCGGACGUCGUUAAAUCGUCCGAGCACAAAUUGAUAGACGUGCUGGAAAAACAACUACAGCUGAUCGUGGGCGGCGAGAGAGUGUCGGCCAAGCAGUACAGGCGGAGAGACAACCUGACCGUGGAGACCGACCCCAGCUCGACCGAUUUCUGGUUUUACGUCGUGGACCCUGCCAGCGAGACGAUUUUGGAACGAAACGACACCAAAGUGGUCAGGUCGAUACUGAACAAAGAUUCCGUCGGAAACAUUACUACGACGAUCGCCGAGAAACUGUCAAUUAUCGCUUCGGAUAUCCAUUUGCCGCUGCAACAGCAGAACGUCGUCACUCGGACCCACACCGCGGGCGUGACCAUCCAAUGGACCGUGUUCCCGUACACUCUGAUCCUCAUGGCGGCCCUGAUCCUGGUGUUGGGCAUCGCUGGCAUAAUUUACAUAUGCGUGUCCUGGUCGAGGUACAAGGCGUACAAGGAGAGGAUGGCCCGAAUGUACGUUACGCAACGGUACGACCCGGUGUUCAUCGAGCCGAACAUGAAGGAAUACGAGGUACAGGUGCUUCAAAUGAGCGUGCCGAUCGACGACAACGACAGCUACAACGACUUGCAACUGGAUUUUAGCCGCAAAAAUCACACGUUCAGUAUGGACAACGUCGGAUACAUCACCAAAGAGAACGUCGACAGCAUCGACGGACACAGCCCCGUGAGCUCGGAAGCGGCGACCACGGCCAGGACGUCGAGCAUGGGCCGCGGCAUGUCAAACGGCACUAGCACGUUCGGCCGGACCAACAUGGCGUUCGACCCGGCGGACGACGCCGAGUCCGUGGCCGCGGCGGCCGUCAUCAGUCCCACCAACGACAACGUGACGUUCCGGGAGAAGAAGGAGUUCGGACGUCCCGCCAUCCACAACGGCAACGGGCUGACGACGUUCAACCGGAAGGACGUGGAGGUCACCACCGAACUGUGAUCGAGCCCCCCGACCACCCGUCGUCCGCGCACACGAACGCGUAUUUUAUAGCAUUAUAUAUUAUUAUUAUUACUAUGUACAACUGAUAACAGAUAAAAAUACGAUGUUGUUAUCGCGUCUAGUCCCCGCGGUCCCCAAACCCCCACCCAUGAAACAAUAUUUUAAACCCUAUCCCCUAAACUGCGGUCACUGUGAUAACAUCGUUUUUGUAUAUAUUAUAUAAUAUUUAUGUAUAGAUAGAGGCUAUAGGUAUGUACAUGUAUACACUUCCUCCCCACCCUAUAACUAAAUGCAACGAAUAUUGUUUUUUUUAUACAUACACGUGAACCUAUAAUUACCCUUUAUUAGUGUAUGAAACGAUUAAUUUUGUCAACGCGAAUUCACCCCACCGGCCAUUUCCCCGGUUUCUAAUAUGUAAGGUACCACCUAAAUCGGUGUUACAUCAUAAUAUUAUAAUUUACAAGGCGAUUCUUUUAUCGGAGAACAAUCAUUAUUUCAAAAACUUUAUAGAUGUCAACGUUUUUGAUAAUAUUUUUAAGACGUUACAAAAUAACAUUUUUGGAAAAAAAAUUCUACCUACGACCCACCUUUUUUUCGCUAUCGCUUUUAAAUUUUCGUACAACAUACAUUUUUAUUUCGUUUUCCGAAACACAAUAUUUUUACACUUUGGAGUACCCUAGUGGUAGUUCGAUGCAUAAAUAUUGAAUUUUGGACGAGUGAUGAGUUAUAACUCUAAAUAUUUACAACUAUUAAACCUACCAGCAGGAAUUCGAUUUUUUAUAGCAUAGAAAUAUUAGACUUUGGAUGAAAAUGUAUGUUGUGAUUCAAAAUAGACGCGGUAAAAAAUGUUGUUUUUUAACGAUUUAAAUUACCUAUUAAAAAAUAAUAAAUAGAUAACAGGUAAUGAUUUUGAAAUAGUGAAUGUUACUUGAUAUAAUAAGAAUCGUACAGUAUAAUAUAAUAUGCGUUGAGAUUGAACACUUUGUUACCAAACAUCUGAGCGUUAAUAAAUUAACCUAUAGCCAACGUAGGUCCAUAUAUCCAAUCCACGUGACCUAUAUUAAUCUACGCUUGAUAAACGGUAGUAGUAAUAUUAAUAAUAAGCUAUGAUCGGUCGUCACUCGUCAGAUAAGGCCGAAUAUCGAUCACCGAGGCAAUUUACCUGUAGUGUAAGACAAAGAGAGGCGAUAGAUUUUUCUUAUAAAUUGAAAUGAUUCG